AUGGAGGAAGAGGGGGGGAUGUUGGGAGUACAGAUGGUGUCAUCACCGGUAGAUAUGGAGCAGGGGAGCAUCGGGGUGUUUCAGCAGCAUUAUGCCUGCAGUGUUCCUCCUGCUCAGAACCCUCCUCUCCAGUGGAUCAGCCAGCAGCUGACUCUCACUGAGUCACUCUCUUGGCUUUCCUUCCUCUUCAGAAAGAAAAAGAGAGAGGACGAGAGAGAGAACAAGAGAGGGAGAGAGAACAAGAGAGAGAACGAGAACAAGAGAACAAGAGAGACUUGGGAAGAGAGGAAGCUCUCUCUACUGAGCUCUCUCCACUUUCCUUUCUGUUCACUCAAACUCCACUUGUUUACUGCCGGACGGAGAGAGAGAACAAGAGAGGGAACAAGAGAGGGAGGGGGGGGUUUCAGACUUUUCAUUAGAGCUUACUUGGACAGUAGUAUUUUUCUGACUAGAGAGAAAAGCGCCCAGAUUCAGGUGAAUGAGACUAUAUGUUUACAUAUCGGACUGUUUCGUACCGCUGGGUUGGUGCUUACCACGUCAGAAAGCAUCGUCAGGGAGGUCCGACCUUUCACCAUCGGGACCAGGCUGUCUGUCUCUGGACCAGGUCCAGACUUCCGUGACUCCUACCAGAGUGGGACUCUGGAUAAUAUCACCCUGCAGAUCAAGUCUCCCUCUACCUCAGCCAGGUGCAGAUCCAUCAGGAAGAUCUCCAUCUCUGGAAGCCCUGAGGAGGUGGACAGCUCCUGGAGGAGACACCAGUCAGAUCGCAGAGUGGUCAUUGAGAAGGAGGACAGCUCCUGGAGGAGACAGCAGUCAGAUCGCAGGGUGGUCAUUGAGAAGGAAGACAGCUCCUGGAGGAGACAGCAGUCAGAUCGCAGGGUGGUCAUUGAGAAGGAGGACAGCUCCUGGAGGAGACUGGGUGGUCAGUAUGGAACCAGGAUUGGGAAGAACCCCUGUCACAGUGACCAGAAAAAUCUGAAAACAUCAAAAACAACAACAUCAGCAACUCCUAACCACAGCUGCCCAGGAUAGUGGGAGUCAGCUGUGAGAAUAUAAAAGCUGCCCAGGAUAGUGGGAGUCAGCUGUGAGAAUAUAAAAGCUGCCCAGGAUAGUGGGAGUCAGCUGUGAGAAUGUAAAAGCUGCCCAGGAUAGUGGGAGUCAGCUGUGAGAAUGUAAAAGCUGCCCAGGAUAGUGGGAGUCAGCUGUGAGAAUGUAAAAGCUGCCCAGGAUAGUGGGAGUCAGCUGUGAGAAUGUAAAAGCUGCCCAGGAUAGUGGGAGUCAGCUGUGAGAAUAUUACCCACUUCACAUUUUAAGAUAAGAGACAAAAAACGUGUCUGUUAAUGUUAAAAAGAACGACACUGGUUUUAGGCUCUCUCUAUGUUGGAAAAUGUUUCACCACCAUCAGAGUGCAAAGUAGCCUGUUGUUGGGCUAAGAGGCUCAAACAGAAAGGUCAAUAAAAUACCUAAAGUUCCUAAUCCAUAUAGUAACACAUGAACAUGUAGGUUCAUAAUUAGGAAAUGCAAAAUCUGUUGUUUUUUAUUCAAAUAUGGGCUGGAAUGAAAAACCACAAUUUGUAGAAAUAUAAAGGGUGAACUUCGGAGUAGUGUGGGCAAUCAAUUUAAUAGGCGCACACACCAGUAAAGCUUUCCCAUUUGUUUGACAUUGUCAAGAUUACUGCUGUGUGGGCAUGCGGUUGCGUUUGCAGGGUUUGGUGUCAAGGUGUUUGUGAGUGAGUUGAGCGGCCUGUGCAGAUCAAAUUUUGCUGCAUGUUUUGGAAAAUGAACAUGAGUUCAUACACUUACUACUUCCACAUUUCUAUAAUAUUAGUAGUCCCUGAUGGGUGUUAGUAGUCCCUGAUGGGUGUUAGUAGUCCCUGAUGGGUAUUAGUAGUCCCUGAUGGGUAUUAGUAGUCCCUGAUGGGUGUUAGUAGUCCCUGAUGGGUAUUAGUAGUCCCUGAUGGGUGUUAGUAGUCCCUGAUGGGUGUUAGUAGUCCCUGAUGGGUGUUAGUAGUCCCUGAUGGGUAUUAGUAGUCCCUGAUGGGUGUUAGUAGUCCAUUAUUAGUAGUCCACGAGGGGUGUUAGUAGUCCCUGAUGGGUAUUAGUAGUCCCUGAUGGGUGUUAGUAGUCCAUUAUUAGUAGUCCACGAGGGGUGUUAGUAGUCCCUGAUGGGUAUUAGUAGUCCCUGAUGUAGGUUAGUAGUCCCUGAUGGGUAUUAGUAGUCCCUGAUGGGUGUUAGUAGUCCGUGUUGGGUAUUAGUAGUCCCUGAUGGGUAUUAGUAGUCCCUGAUGUGUGUUAGUAGUCCCUGAUGGGUAUUAGUAGUCCCUGAUGGGUAUUAGUAGUCCACAAGGGGUGCUAGUAGUCCACGAGGUGGCUAGUAGUCCCCGAGGGGUGCUAGUAGUCCACGAGGGGAUUGCUAGUAGUCCACGAGGGGUGCUAGUAGUCCACGAGGGGUGCUAGUAGUCCACGACGGGUGUUAGUAGUCCACGAGGGGUGUUAGUAGUCCACGAUGGACAUGAACCCAGCUAACCAUAGGGAGAAAUAAUGUUUUUAUAGGGUUCCCCACAAGUGUUACCCUUUUGUUUGAGUGUCCAGUUCUCUGUUAGUUAGGGGAACAUUAUAUCUAUGUUAACAAAAAACCUUCUGAGAACCUUUAAUAGCAUGUUUUGGUGUUACAAUUUGACAUUAACAUUCACUUAAUGUAAAACAGAACCUAUCUAGAACAUGGUUACAACGUUCUCAGAAUACAGAAUAUUAAUGUUCUAGAAACGUUUCAUGGGAACGUUGCAAGAACAUUUCUGUGUAUCAGUUGUCGCCGUUCCCAAAGAAAUGUCCCCCCUCGCCGUUCCCAAAGAAAUGUCCCCCCCCCCGCCGUUCCCAAAGAAAUGUCCACCCCCCGCUGUUCCCAAAGAAAUUCUCCCCCC